AUGAAAGUUUUUGUAACAGGAGCUUCGGGCUUCAUUGGUUCCGCAUUUUUGUCAGAAUUGGUCUCAUCUGGCCAUGAAGUAGUUGGUUUAGCAAGAUCCGAGGAGUCUGCCUCGAAGAUUGAAUCAGUGAGCCCCUCCGUGAAGGCUCUUCGCGGCGACCUCAAGGAUCUAGACAUUCUGAAAAGGGGUGCUUCAGAAUCUGAAGCAGUUGUUCAUUUGGGUUUUAUUCAUGACUUUACGAAUUAUGCUCAAUGCUGUGAAAUCGACCGCCAGGCUACUGUGGCUAUGCUUGAGUCGCUCAAGGGAACCAACAAGCCAUUCAUAUACACCAAUGGCACACUUGUGUUGCGCCCAGGUAAGGUCGCUAAUGAAAAGGAUACUGUCGAUGAGAGUUCUAAAUGUUUGCGUGCUGCUACCGAGGAAACUGCAUUAAGUUACAAAGAUAAAGGCGUUUCAGUAAGGUGUAUUAGGUUGGCGCCCUCGGUUCAUGGGAAGGGCGACAAAGGUUUUGUUCCAGUUUUGAUGAGUAUUGCCGAAAUUUCUGGAAAAUCAGGUUACGUUGGAGACGGUCAAAUCGUUUGGCCUGCUAUACAUCGCUCGGAUGCAGCUCGUUUGUUCAGGCUUGUUUUGGAGAAAGGAAGAGCGGGAAAGGCUUAUAACGGUAUUGCUGAACAAGGUAUACCGCUCAAGGAUAUUGCACAAUUGAUUGGAGAAAUUGUGAAUGUUCCAGUGGUCUCCAUCCCUGAGGAUGAUGCUGAAAAACAUUUCGGAUUUAUGGCUGUAUUUGUUACAAACGACGGCCCAGUUUCAAGCGAAGCCACCCAAGAAGAGCUAGGAUGGAAGCCACAACAACUUGGGCUCCUUGAAGAUGUCCGCAUAAACUAUAGACCUACAUAA